UGCCCCACUGACUGUCAGAAGAGGGGAAAAGAAGAUACAGGGAAGGACGGAAAGAAGCCUCGCCCUACCCGGGCCAUCCCGGCCAUGGAGCUCGCCAAGCCGGUUUUCCCCGCGCUGCCGCAGCCCAAAGAGGACUCCGAGGAUUGGACAUAUCCAAUGAGAAGAGAGAUGCAGGAAAUUUUACCUGGCUUAUUCUUAGGCCCAUACUCUUCAGCUAUGAAAAGUAAGCUACCUACACUUCAGAAACAUGGGAUCACUCAUGUAAUAUGCAUAAGACAAAACAUUGAAGCGAACUUUAUUAAACCAAACUUCCAGCACUUAUUUAGGUAUUUGGUCUUGGAUAUUGCUGAUAAUCCCAUUGAAAAUAUAAUAAGGUUUUUCCCAAUGACUAAGGAGUUUAUUGAUGGGAGUUUACAAACUGGAGGAAAAAUUCUUGUGCAUGGGAACGCAGGGAUUUCUAGAAGUGCUGCCUUAGUUAUUGCAUAUAUUAUGGAAACAUUUGGUGUGAAGUACAGGGAUGCAUUUACGUAUGUGCAAGAAAGAAGGUUUUGUAUUAAUCCCAAUGCUGGAUUUGUUCAUCAACUUCAGGAAUAUGAAGCCAUCUAUCUAGCAAAGUUAACUAUCCAGAUGAUGUCACCUCGGCAGCUGGAGCGAUCACUCUCAGUUACUACAGGUGUGAUCUUAAUACAGGAAGUCUGAAACGAACACAUGAAGAGGAGGAAGAAAGCAGCGUACAGGCAGCAGCUCCAAAUGGUUGACAGCUGAAGAUACCUGGACUUGAUUGUUGGGAGUUUUAUAGCAGCUUCUAAUCCUGGCAAGAUGAACAACCAGAUACAAAUUUAAAAAUGGAAGAUUCUAACUUCCUUAUGCAAACCUGUUCCUUCAGUAGCAUACAAGGCAACAUUUUUAAGGUAUUAGAUUCCUUGAUUGACUAGAAGGCACUGAUUUAUUUUUUUUUACACUUUAUAGUUUUAUCCUUACCCCAAAGUUUUGGACUUGCAAAGAGGUAUUAUUGCAAUAAUGCACUUUUCAUACUUGAAAUUUAUUUGUAUUGAUAAAAUUAUUACUUAAGCAAAA